UGUAUCUUCUCUUAUUGUUGGGGCGAAACUGGCAGUGACGCUAGGGUUUGGUCGAUUUUGGUCAGUGCAUGACUGAUUCGGCAGCAAGCUGCACUUAUGUUAAUGGCAACUCAGGGUCUGAAUUGGGUUUGGUGGAUAUUGUGUGGCUGGGGGGUCUGAGCUGUUCCGGAUUGAACUCAGGAUGCAUUUGGUCUGCAUGAGUUUUAGCUUUUGCAACUGAUCUCACCAUUGAUUUUGCUGCAGGUGCAUUGUGAAACUGAAACCGAUUUUAGGACAAUACCCACUUAUAUCUCUGAGUCUGCUGUUGCUAAAUCGAUUCAUUCCGCUUUAGGUUACAAUUCAACUCGGAAGUCCGAGCUAUGGUUAUCCCUUUUCUCAUUACAUGGUUAAUGAGUGUCAGAAUUUUUUGCUCUUAGAUUACUGUGUGAAAUAUAUCUAGUACCAGCUGUUUCUCCGUGCUCACCAGAUUUCCCAUAAGUUCUACAUUUUUAUAUUAGUUUGAUCAUUUGCUUCUUCUUGGCAGGGGCGUUGAAAAUUGGGUCUUUAACUUCAUGAAAGACUCUUUUCCCAGUUCCACCCCAGAUUUGUCUCCUCAAGAAGCGAAUGAAAGAAAAUAUGUGCCACGGAAGAAUUCCGCUCCUUAUGCAAUAGUGAUCACACUCUACAGGGAAAUGGUAAGAGGCAAAAAUUAUAUGAUGAAGCAGGAGCUUAUUGAUGCCGCUGAAGCCAGUGGUCUUUCAGAAUCUGCUAUCGGCCCAAACAACACUAGAGCAAAACCAGGGAAUUCUCAGAAUGACUGGUACACUGGAUGGAGCUGCAUUAACAAAUUAAUCUCUAAAAAACUGGUGGAGAAGUGGAGUAGCCCUGCAAAGUAUAUGCUAACAGAAGAAGGUGAAAAGACUGCUCGUGAUUGUCUUGAACGGUCUGGAUUAGACGAUACUGUAGGACCUUCAACCCAUCAUUCUGAAGUUGUUCUCAGCGAUUCAGAUUCUGAUGAACCAUAUGAAGAUUCUGAAAAUUUUGUUGAAAGGAGUGGUCCUCCAAAAUCGAAAGCAGGCAGUUCCAGUUCCUUUGAUAUCAGCAAGGGACCUACUGAUGCUCCUAUUUCAUCUCGAGGAAUGUUCGGACAGCAAUCAUUUAGUGCAAUGGGUUCUGCUGAAAAUUUUCUAUUAGCCAUGCCACCUCGUCAUUCCAUUGAGAAUUUUCUGGAAGCUUAUGAAGUGGUGCUUAUAUUGGAUGAUCGAGAAACUCUUGGGCGCCGUGCCAGAAGAAAUGUUGUUGAUAACAUACGCUCGCAGUUUGGUAUACCUGUUAAGAUGAAACGCUUGCCUGUUGGAGAUGCUAUUUGGAUUGCUCACCAUAAAGUACUUCACACAGAGUACGUUCUUGAUUUCAUUGUUGAAAGAAAAAGUGUGGAUGAUUUAGUUGGCUCAAUCAGGGACAACAGAUACAAAGAUCAAAAAUUAAGGCUGAAGAAAUGUGGGCUAAAGAACCUAAUAUAUCUGGUUGAAGGUGAUCCAAACACUGUAGAUGCAUCAGAGAGUGUUAAAACAGCCUGCUUUACCACUGAGAUUCUUGAAGGAUUUGAUGUCCAGAGAACCACUGGGUAUUCUGAUACUGAAAAGAAAUACGGCCAGCUCACACGCUCGAUAAUUGAUUACUACAGCACUAACUUCUCUGCUGGUGCUGAUUCUUCUCGACUUUGUCUGACCUAUGACGAGUUUGUGAAAAGGUGUUCUGACCUUGAGAAGGUCACUAUGAGCGAUGUAUUUGCCCUUCAACUUAUGCAGGUGCCACAAUCGACAGAAGAAGCUGUUCUUGCUGUUACAAGUCUCUACCCAACUCUUCUCUCACUUGCUCAGGCAUAUGCCAUGCUUGAUGGUGAUAGGCGUGCCCAAGAAGAGAUGCUGAUGAACAAGUGCAACUUGGUUAAAGCAGGUGCUAGCAAAGCCAUCUUCAAGUUCGUCUGGGCUGAAGGAUGAGCUCUUCUUACCUAGUUCCUCCCUAGCGGUUUAACCGGUCUUAUGGUCACCGUCGUGAUGAUUUUGGGCUGAAACUGACGACUUUCAUGCUCGGAAGGCAAAAGCAGGAGGGAUCCUUUUUUGUGUUGCCUGGUGCCUUUGAAAACUGAAAGUUUGAGAACAUAUAACCACUUAAACGAAGGGUCUUAGCGUAGACUCACUUUUUCUUUGGAUAAAGGGAAUAUAUUAAUAUCAAGAAGAUACAAUUA